UUGUUUUCUUUUCUGGUUCUAGGAGCCCAGACAGCCAAAGAAGAAAGGGCUGCCUGCAGGAACCGGGACCAGUACCCCGAGGAGGGAAAAGGCGGGACUUCCGCGUCUUGCCGGAAGUGACGCGACAGUCGCGGCCGCCGACAGGUGAAACGGCAGGUGGGCUCAGGUGCCAGCUUGGCCCGGACUCGGCUGUGGGGCCGACGCUUCCGGUGAGCGACAGAGGCGGUCCCUGAGGCCCUGGAGACCCGUCAGGCGGGCUUCUGGGGACCUGAGCCCACCGCCCUGGCCUGGAGCUCCCCCCUGUACCUAAUCCUGUUUCCCGUUCCUCUACCGAGGUGGGCAGUUCACCAGCCCAUUCCAACUCUCGGAACCAUGUUUGCAGACUUGGAUUAUGACAUCGAGGAGGAUAAACUUGGAAUCCCUACUGUGCCGGGGAAGGUGACCCUGCAGAAGAAUGCUCAGAACCUGAUCGGGAUCAGCAUUGGAGGAGGGGCCCAGUACUGCCCCUGCCUUUAUAUCGUCCAGGUUUUUGACAACACCCCAGCUGCCUUGGAUGGCACGGUGGCAGCUGGCGAUGAGAUCACUGGUGUCAAUGGCAGGUCAAUCAAAGGAAAAACGAAGGUGGAGGUAGCAAAGAUGAUUCAGGAGGUGAAGGGGGAGGUGACCAUCCACUACAACAAGCUUCAGGCAGACCCCAAGCAGGGCAUGUCCCUGGACAUUGUGUUGAAGAAGGUGAAGCACCGGCUGGUGGAGAACAUGAGUUCAGGGACCGCAGAUGCCCUGGGCCUGAGCCGGGCCAUCCUGUGCAAUGACGGGCUUGUCAAGCGGCUGGAGGAGCUGGAGCGGACCGCCGAGCUGUACAGAGGGAUGACAGAGCACACCAGGAACCUCCUACGGGCCUUUUAUGAGCUGUCACAGACGCAUCGUGCCUUUGGGGACGUGUUCUCGGUGAUUGGGGUCCGGGAACCCCAGCCAGCUGCGAGUGAGGCUUUCGUGAAGUUCGCUGAUGCCCACCGUAGCAUUGAGAAGUUUGGCAUCCGGCUACUGAAAACCAUCAAGCCGAUGCUGACGGACCUGAACACUUACCUCAACAAAGCCAUCCCAGACACGCGCCUCACCAUCAAGAAGUACCUGGACGUGAAGUUUGAGUACCUGUCAUACUGCCUGAAGGUGAAGGAGAUGGAUGACGAGGAGUAUAGCUGCAUCGCUCUAGGGGAACCCCUGUACCGAGUGAGCACAGGCAACUAUGAGUACCGCCUGAUCCUGCGCUGCCGCCAGGAGGCUCGCUCCCGCUUCUCCCAGAUGCGCAAGGACGUGCUGGAGAAGAUGGAGCUGCUGGAUCAGAAGCACGUCCAGGACAUCGUGUUCCAGCUGCAGCGCUUCGUGUCCACCAUGUCCAAGUACUACAACGACUGCUACGUGGUGCUGCGUGACGCAGACAUCUUCCCCAUCGAGGUGGACCUGGCCCACACCACGCUGGCCUACGGCCUCAGCCAGGACUUCACUGAUGGGGAGGAUGAGGAGGACGAGGACGAGGAUACGGCCGCUGGGGAGCCGUCCAGGGAGACGCGAGGGGCGGCCGGGCCCCUGGACAAAGACGGAAGCUGGUGUGACUCCUGAGUGCCUCCACAGGGUGCAGGCCUGGGGGGCAGGGGAGCGGGAGGAGGACAGCAGGGGUGCGGGGCGGGGCCACUGCAUGACAGGGGCGCAUAAAGGCCUGCUGGCUUGGGGCGCCUGCCUCCCUGCGCCUCUGUCCUAGCGCAGUGAACCCUCUCUCCUGCCCUGGGAGGGCACCAGGGCCGUGGCCCAGGACCUGGACGCUGGCCCCUCCCUCCCUCCUUCCCUGCUGCCCCAGCCAAUGGAGAGCUCGUCUCUGGGCCCACCUUGGGAAGGAGAGAGAGGGCGGAAACGAGGGGCUGGAGGUGGCUCACCUCUGCUGGUGCCACCUGGAGCUGGCCAGGAGUGGGAGGACGGGCGCGGGAGUGGGAAGCUGAGGUGGGGGCCAAUGUACACCCACCUUCCCCCGGGCUGGCCCCACCCCAGUGCACACUCACACCUCGGUGGCCUUUAUUUAUUUGGAUCCCCAGGUCAGCCACUUCUCUGAGGAAGGGCUGGGGCACUGGGCCUGUAUUUAAUAAACACAAACCCAGAUGGAGCCA